UGGCCGAUAAUUGAUAGUUUGAUUUUAAAUUCACGCGCGGCAAAUAUUAAACUGUCAAUAUUCCGUGAGAAUAAUGGAUGACGCCAGAAAAAAUUUGCGCAACAAAAGACCCCGAGUAACAGAAACUCCUCAAGAAGUAUCAACAAAAACCAAUGAUACUACCGACGAAGAAUGCGAAGACUACAAAACAACCACUAACUCUCCACCUAAACCAUAUACACGAGGAGAUUCAUUAAUUGUGGAUUUAACAGACAUGAUAGAUAAUCCACUUUACAGUGAUCUUAUUAUUAGGUGUAAUGAUGAUGAAGAAUUACAUGCUAAUAAAUUAUUUUUAGCCGGUCGUUCAAAUUAUUUUCAUAAUUUAUUAUUAUCCACACAAGAGCAAACAAAAUCAAACAAAAUCAUUAUUAAAGAAGUAACGUCAUCGAUUUUUAAAGUAGUAUUAGAAUAUUUUUAUACUGGAAAUGUAUCUGAUGAAACGUUAACAAUCGAUAUAGUACCAGAUGCAUAUUAUGGGGCUACGGCCUUCUUACUUCCAAAUUUAAAAGAAAUAAUUGUUCAGUUCAUGAAAUCCUAUAUGGAGCAUUGUCAUAAUGUUGGUAGUAGUAAUCAAAUAGCAAAAAUUUUAUCAAAAAUCUCGGAUAAUUCGAUUAAUGAUAUUAAUGAUGAUGAUGACCAACUUAUUGAUGAAAUUUGUAAAUUUUUAAUGUCAAAAUCUUUAUAUAAUAUUGAUUAUCACAAUUUAUCUUCAAAAGCGUUGGAAUUCCUUCUUUCCCGCACUUUAAAUCUGAAGGAAGGAAAUUUUGUCACUACAGAAUAUGAUGUAUUCAGAUAUUGUGUAUUAUGGGCUGUAGAUCAAAUUGAGACGAAUGAUGUUAUCUAUUUUUCAUUACUUUUACCGAAUAUUGCCGGUUUGGAAGGACAAAAAGGCUCUGGUAUAAAAGAAUUGGAUCCAGUUGAUCCAAAUAGUAGUAACUUAUUAGAACAACAUAGAGAUAAAAUUAAAUCAAUUUUGAAUUCUAUCUUAAAUUUUAUUGAUUUCCGUUUAAUUCAUGCUAGUAUAUUAGCUAAGAUUAUUGAACCUUUGGAUAUUGUUAAAUCUUCAAUCAUUACAGCUGCAUAUCGGUAUCAAGCUCAAUUUGCUGAUGGUUUAGUUCAAAUGAAGCGAGGUUCUCAGGAAUGAUUACAAUACUGCAGCAGUUGUUUUCUUCAAAACAUCUUUUUAAUGAGUGGGAUUAGUUAUAGUACGGUUGGAAUAUGAACAUUGGUUGCGGGUUAGGAAGUAUUCAAGUAGCACAUGAUUAUCGCAAUCUGAUUAGAUAACCAAUCUUCGAUCUAAUCGGAGAUUGUGACAUUAUUAUCUUAUCAAAUGUAAAUUCGAUUUUCAAGUAAAAAUCUUAUCAAAUUUAUAUUUUUUUCUUUUUUUUACCAUUUACCUAUUGUA